CAAAAGUUGACGAACAGUCCGUCACUCCAGCAUCGUGAGCAGACGGCUUGAGAAGCGCAGAACAUCCGGAGCCGGGACACAGGCACAACACCGCCAAGAUGGUGUUCAUACUAGGAGUCAACUUCCACGAGCGCAAGUUCGUCAAGAAAGCCCUCGAGUCCUUCUACGGCCUCGGCCCCACCGCGUCCGCGCGCAUCAUGGCGAAGCACAGCAUCUUCCCGCUCGCCCGGCUCGAGAACAUCUCCGGCAAGACGGUCCAAGCCCUGACCGCCGAACUCUCCAACAUGACGCUCGAGAGCGACGCCAAGCGCCUCGUGCAGGAGAACAUCCGCCGCCUCAGAGACAUGGGCACCUACCGUGGCAGGCGGCACGCCAUGAACUUGCCUGUCCGUGGCCAGAAGACGCGCACGCAGAUCGAGACGGCGCGGAAGCUCAACAUCCUGGAGCGUGGAGAGCGCACGGGAACGUAUGUUGGCAAGCCGCCGCCCCAUGUCAGGGGUGGUGGCCGAUAAAGAAGGGAAGGGAUAGUUGGCGUUCGGAGUUGAGGGAAUGUGAAAGCAACACACGUUUAGGCCGGGCAAGCAGAACACGCAGCUCCGUGAUACUGCGGACUACUUGAACUGG